AAAAGAGAGACACACUGGAGCAGAUUGAGGAUCCAACAUUGGCUGCGCAGACGAAACUAGACAGUGCGGUUUAACAAAAUAGGAGGUCGCCGCGUCAACUAAACAAUUUUAUAAGCUAGAAGCAGGGGUGAAAACAGAAGGCUGCUUGUGGCUAAAGGUCAAACAGCAAUCUAUCUACAAAUAGAGAGUGCUGGGAGCCAGGCGGAGGCCAUGUACGAUGGGGUGAGGGUGCCCUCUCCUCAGGAGAAUGCCAAUGGCUUCGCUCAGCCAGGAGCGUCCGCCAUCCACUCCAAACCCGAGGAGGAGGAGGAGGAGGAGGCCAGGGUAAUGGAACCUGUGUUGGUGAAGAAGGCCCACAGGGAAAUCCUGGAUCACGAACGGAAGAGGAGGGUGGAGCUGAAAUGCAUGGAGCUCCAGGAGAUGAUGGAGGAACAAGGGUAUUCAGAAGAAGAAAUCAGGCAGAAGGUGGGCACCUUUCGGCAGAUGCUCAUGGAGAAAGAAGGAGUGAUAACCAGGGAGGACCCACAUGCACGCUUCAUCAUUAAUCACAGAGCCCACUGCAGCGAGGAUCAGAGAGGGGAGCUGAGACUGGCCGAGGGAUAUGUUGAGGGAUGUGACUGCUAUGACAGGGAGGCAGCUAGCCAACGAGAGUACAGAAUGAAGAGCAAGUCAAGCACUUCACCCUCACCUCCACCCAAAAAGAAAAAGAAGAAGAAAUCUGGACACAGGAGAAGCCGUUUUGAGAGCUCGUCGCCACCGCGGAAAGAAAAGAAGAAGAAAAGUGGAAAGAAACACAAGCGAGACAGGUCUGCUUCUGGUUCCAGGAAGAAACGUAGAUACAGGUCUGGGAGCCCAAAGAACAAACAGAAAGACAAGAACAAACACAGAAAGAGAUCCCCUGUAGAAUCCCCCGGCAGGUCCCACCGAAGAGGGAGCUGCUGCAGCUCCCGCAGUGCCUCGCUGUCUUCAGUGUGCAGCUUAUCUACGUCUCCUAGCAGACAGACUCCCAAGCACAGAGCGGAUGGGCACAGGGCCUACUGCACCCCUUCCAGCCGCAGUGUGUCUCCCUCGCCUGCCCGAGGAGGCCAGCCCUCCCCCCCCAGGCAGAACGGAAAUCGGGACCCCACUAGGAACGGACGAGAGGACGAGGGGAACGAGCUCCCGGCAGAGAAAACCCAGGAUAGGUUUACAUUGUCCGGCUCUCCAAGGGUACAGCCCAAGCUUACCUCUGUGUCACCACGGCCGAAAGACAACAAGGUACAAAAAGUAAUCUCUAGGAGUCCUGGAAAUAUGUCCCCCACUCCCGGAGAGGGCUAUUCUGCUGAGUAUGUUGGGAGGCAUCGUUCCAGAUCCAUAUCAUCCAGCAAGCGCAGUGAGCGACAGAAGACUGCAGCUGAGGCACAUAGAGAGUCGGGACACUCCCCAAGCUAUACCGGCUACAGCAGCGACUCCGGACACUCGCAGCUCAGCCUCUCACAAAAGAGUAAAAGAAUGCAGUUGAAAAAGGCAAAGGACUUGCACGCAAAGCAACGGCAUCAUAGAGUCCGUGUCGUCGGUAGAAACAAGAGUUCCUCAACGUCGCCGCUCAAGCGCGAGAAACACGGCCGGCACAACUCGGAGAGGAAGAAGAGCUCGUCUCGCAGCCUGCGCCAGCGGAGCAGCUCCUGCAGCAGCAGCCGCUCCCCCUCCCGCGAACGGAGGAGCAAAUCCAAGUCCCCACACUCCAGGCAAAACGCGUCCAGAGAAAAAGACAGUGAGGCCAAAGCACACCACACUGAUACCGAGGCCAGAGCCAGGCGACGUUCAAGAAGUUAUUCUCCAAUCAGAAAGAGGAGACGAGACUCGCCCAGCUUCAUGGAGCCAAGGAGGAUUACGAGCGCACGCAAGCGACCCAUUCCGUACUACCGGCCUAGCCCGUCUUCACACAGCUCACAGAGCAGCGACUCUGCCCACAGUCGAAGCCGAAGCCGCACCUAUGACAGUGGCAGCAGCUACAGCCGCAGCAGGACUCUGAGCCGCAGCAGGAGUAGAUCCCGGACGCAAAGCCGCAACCACAGCCACAGCUACUACAGCCGGAGCAGCUCCGAGAGCGCCGGCUUCUAGAACUCCAACCACCGUCUCCAGGGGAACCAUAAUUCCACAAUCGCCCCGCCCCCUCUGAAUCGGAAACAAAGAGCUAUGUGAGCUGUGUUUCAUUAUAGCAGGAUAGAAUCUGUCAUUUCUCUGUGUGUUUCCUCCUCCCCUCCUUCAUGGAACCAGGAAUAACAAAAUAUAUUUUACAUUAAUGACUUAUGAUACUUGAUUGACGUUGUUCGGUAAAAUCUGCGUUUUUUCCAAUCCAGUAAGUUGUUGAGGAGCCUAAAGAACGAAAGCAUGUUGAUCAUAACCUGUAUUAUUAUAAAUGUGAUGAUGUGGUCUUGUCUCCAGGAAUAUGUAGUAAAUCCAUGCCCUGAAGAAGUAACUGCUGCGUGCCUCCUGAACAAGAUGAACUGGGCAUCAUGAAAACGUGAAGAUUCACUUUCACUUAGUAUGGGUUGGUGUUUCACUUCCUUGCUUCCUUCGUUAUGAUACCUUUCCGCUGUCCAGAUUCUAGUCUUUUCGGUGCUUAAACUCAACAAUGUACCCUGUAGGGACUGAAGAACAAGGUGUCAUAACACCUCAACAAAAAAAAAAUCUUCCACGUAGCAACAAGAACCAAAUAUUGGUAACUUCCUACAAUGAAAAGGCUGAAGAAAAGUGGACGUUUUUCUCUUGGAUGGCCGGUGAAACUUCCUAAAGAAGAUCAACGAAAAAACAACAUGUAUCUGAUGAUUAUAUAAUUGAACAACAUGUAUCUGAUGAUUAUAUAAUUGAACAACAUGUAUCUGAUGAUUAUAUAAUUGAACAACAUGUAUCUGAUGAUUAUAUAAUUGAACAACAUGUAUCUGAUGAUUAUAUAAUUGAACAACAUGUAUCUGAUGAUUAUAUAAUUGAACAACAUGUAUCUGAUGAUUAUAUAAUUGAACAACAUGUAUCUGAUGAUUAUAUAAUUGCCGUAAAGUAGUAAGAUUUCUUUUCAAGGCUUAAAAUGUUUGUUUGAGAGGCAUCUCCUAAAAAGGUUUGAAUGAUCUGUUCUGGUUAAACUAUGCACUGUAAAUACCAUAUUAUUUAAGAGGUGUAUCUUUUGAUACUCUCAGCAUGUUGUACUAGCAAAGAAACAAGUGAUUAUGUAGAGAACUGUGGAAUGCCCAGCACUUCAUUAUAAUUAAGAGAUCAGGACUUUUUCAAAAUCUAAAUCUAAGCACACAGAUUCAUUAUUUUCACCUUUAAUUUAUUUUAGUUAGUAAAUGGUUUCCUAUUCAGGGCUGGAGUACAUACAGUAUUCGUUCAAAGUGUAUAUAAAGAGUCGAUGGUAAUAACUUUUAAUGAAAGGAUUUUAAUUACACCAGCCAUAAACAAAUGCAGCACACCACACCACACCAAUAGCCAAAUUGAUAUUGGCAUGUGUGCUAGCACUAUGCAGCUCUACAAUUUUGUUAAAAAACGAGAACAUUAGUAACACAGACUGUGAAUGUGGUCCAAAGAUUAUACUUACAGUCUACUGCUCACUCUACAUGGAUCAAACGCAUUUAGGGCAGAGGCCCAGGUGAAGGGCUUUACCUGCACAUCCUACCACCACUACUGUAAGUACUCCAAUCCCACGACGUGAAGCCUGUGUGGAACCAGGUGUGGUUGAGAAAAACACAAUACUAUUCUGAUCUGAUAUUUCAAGCAGCAAGUGCAUUUCAUUCCCAGUAUUGAAGGGUUACCUUCGGAGAUGAGAAGUCGCUACUUGACGUUAUUGUUUACUCCUACCCUCAGUCACUUCUCAUAUUUUGUAAUUUGCGUGACUAAGCUUAUUUUGCUUCCAGUGUUUACUGUAUAUGCCCUGUUGCUGUAGUAAUGUGUUUUACAUCUAAAUCAACUUAGUUGAAGAUACCCACUUUAUUUCCCAAAUGUUGACACAAUAUACAGAGGUAGGAAAAAGUUGUAAACACACUCCAAGCUUCUUUUUCUUCCAAAGAAGUAAUUCCCUGUCGGAGAUGGAAAGGUAUUAAUCGGACACCUAAUUGUCUCAGCUUCUGAAGGCUAUAUCUUGGGAACCACUAGCCUUGUUUUGUGUGGCUGUUCUCCAUUUUGACAUACUUGCCAUGGUAAUGAUACAGUGUUUAUAUGCUUGGUGUUUGCUAGUGACCUACCUUGAUUCGAUAUCCAGUUUGACAGGCAACAACCAAAAUGACUAUGUUUGAUAACCUAUGAAUCAACCUAAAGGACAGUAAAUAAUCACGAUAUUACAUGUUGGUUUGCCAUUUUCCAUAACUAUGUAAAAAAACAAACAAACAGAUAAUUCACUCUUAUAUUACUUGUUAAUGAAAUAUACAUUUGUAUUUAUUUAUUUAUUUAUUUAUUUAUUUAUUUAUUCAUGUAUUUAUUUAUUAAUAAUGGGGGUUGGCAAGCUGAAUCAAAAUGCUAAGACAGGAUAUGAAUAAUAAUAGUUUAUAAUAAUAAUGAAUAAUAAUCAUUUAGGUACAAAAAUGGUAUAAAAUGGCAGCUGAAUACCUCCAGGUGCCAUUUUAUAUAAUGUUUGUAUUCUUUGUGGUUGAUUCUGAGUUCUGUUUCUCCAAUACUGAGAUUUAACAAUUGCCCAUCUUGUGGAUCUCUAACUAGCACUGUGGAGUCUUCCUGUCAGUUGUGUUUGAUUUACAUCUCUCUGAGUCUAUGACCUUUCAACUAUUUCAGCUUAUCCUGCUUAAUAUUAGCCUAUUACUAUAGAACUCAGAUCCAUUCACAAAGAUUGCAAACAUAAGAACACAAAAAAACAUGAAAAUGGCAGAGAUGAAGUUAUUUCCUCUUCAAAAAUCAAUCCAGUUGGGUUUAGCAUCAAAGCUUUGGUUCAUUCCCCUGGCUCCAGAUCGAACAGAAUAUUUUGAACAGGCUGGCGUUUUAUCAAGAUGUACAAAACUGCUUUCCAAAAACUAGCUGGAUAGCACAAGCAAGGCACCAGGGGUUAACUAAAUAAAAGGAAUUACAGGUGUAAGUUCCUUGAUAUCGUGUUUAUGAACAAUCUGCUGAUAUUGACACAGCGAUUGUGACUGACCCUCUGUUGCGUGAUACUGCUACUUGUCUAUAGUCCCCGAAGUGAAGCUUUUGUACAAAUUGCUGAGGAGGUAAUAUGUUGUAUAGACAAUACAUUUCCAGUCUGUGUUUUCAAUUUUUGUACUGGUCUUAAUGCUGGUGGUGUGACAGGGAACCUUCAGUCUUCCUGGUUUGUUUAAGUCUCUGUCACUUGCUGAGUGUUACAUUUUUUAAAUGUAAUCUAAACAGCAAAUAAAAAAACAAACCACAGCAACACAAAUCUGUGAAAAGACAUGUUCACCUUUGGACUGUAUACCCAUCGUAGUAGCCGUAGUUAUACUAGUUCAUAUAAUAAAGCAUAUUAUAAAU